AGCUCUGAAGCUAAUAGCACACAAGUAAUAAAAUCUAUCACUUAAACUCAUCACAACCAAGGAGCAUAGAACCGCAUCAAAUACUUAAGAGAAAAAAAUUAAUUCUAGCACAAUACAGGGUUCUUAGGUUUGUCUCUGGAGAAACCAUUAACAUUUUAUGUCCAACCCUGGAACAAAUGCAAAAGGUUCAAAGUACAGGUGAUGGAGGAAUGUUUAUUUUAAAACUCCACUCCUGAAGGAAUUCUGACCGAUCGCACCCUCUCCUGCAGUUAUUUUUGCUUGUGAUGCACUGCUCAAGACCCUCUAGGGUGCCCUUGUAGUGGAGAUUAUGUGAUGCAGAGGGCACUUCAUCAUGUUUUCCUGCACAUAGGGACACCCUUGGGGAGAAUAUUUGAUGCAGUGCCCUACAGGGUGCCCCUAUGUGCAUGAGAACAUCAUGAAGUGCCCUCUAGGGUGCCGUGUAGUGGAGUAUACAUGAUACAGAGGGCACUUCAUCAUGUUUUCUCACACAUAGGGGCAGAAUAUGUGAUGCAGUGCUCUAGAUGUUUCCAGUACAAACAUAAUGAAGUGUCCUAAUGGGUACCUAAUAGGAUUUCUCCCAUAUUUUUGUUAUAUUUUUCGCCCCGACCCAGUGUCUACUCCUCAGCUGGCUUCCAUUCAUAAAAUGAAAUCUGUCCUAUUCUGUGAUCACUAGGAGUUCAAUAACAUCUUUUUCUGAAAGGAGGUCCUUUCUGGCUGCAAAAAUGAACUCCGCUGCUCUAAACAGAUCUCUCGGAUAACAGUUAAAGAAACAGGAGCUCAGCAGGUGCGGAUAAAAUUACACGUGCUCACCGGAUGCUCAUGAGCGCCGCACGGCUGCUUCCCACACGUGCAGCCGGGGGUACAGCGUGCGGACAUGGUGGAUAUGAGUGCCGUCUUGUUAUUAAUGUGCUAGAAGAAGCUUAAGGUUUGAGGAAUGUACCGGAGGCAUGGAGGCGCGCGGAGAGAGCAGCCAGGCGAGCGAGGACGAUGCGCCACCAGAGGACCGCCUCAGUGUGACGGAUGUGUCCGUGGAGGUGGCCACGGUGGACGCCAUGCUCAAUAAACUGCGUAGUAAAUACAGCAGACGCAGAAGGAGAGCAAAGAAGGUGAAGAAACUGAAGAAGAGGCCACUGGUGAACCUGCAGAAUCUGGUCCUGAUUAUUACAGUCGUGGUGUUUGUCAUUGUGGUGAUCAUGUGGUCACUUCUGUGGGUUUUUACAUUUCGGAGAGAAAGCAACAGUGGCGUGUACUUCGCUGGUAUGUUUCGUGUCGCCAAUGUGGAGUUCAUACCAGAGUACCGGCAUGCCGACUCCAGUGAAUUUGUAUCCAUGGCAAAUCAAAUACAACAUGUGGUAAGCAAAGUCUACAGAUCAUCAUCAGUAUCAAAGCUCUACAAACACACCAUCAUAUCUGACCUGAGUAACAAUGAUAAAGGUGGUGUUCUGGUGCAUUUCUGGAUGAUCUUCGUGGUGCCAAGGUUAAAGACUCCAGCAGUGUGUGAGGAGUGUGUUAGUGCAAUCCUCAGAGACUCGGUGCUCACAUCCCUAAAGAACAGAUCCUCUGUGGGCUUCCUGUUGGGGCUGCCAGUAGACAUUGACUCCAUCUUCAUCAACAUUGCUCUUCGCUCAGAUUACACAUCAAUCGCUGCAGGCUCUGAGUGUGUGGAUAAGCUGUACGCAGGCCUCCCUGAUGUAAGAGUCCCACUGAACGUUUUCUCAUCAUGGGGGGGUCUGAGCUGCCACGUCAAACUCACGUCUGCUCCGGGCUCCAUCAUCCGGCUCACGGUGAACAGCCUGGACAUCGAGCCCAGUGACUGCACAUACGAUGCUCUCACUGUGUACGACGCACUGCUGCCUAUGAGAGCCAAAACUUUGCACAGGUUGUGUGAGGAAGUGCGGGUUCCAGUCUCUCUCGUCUCCACCUCUAACGUCAUGCUGCUGUCCUUCAGACUCACGCAAGGCAACAAGAGCUUCCGAGGAUUCUUCCAGGCCGUUCCUGAGGAGGAGUGCCUGAGUGUAAUUGAGAUUCCAGCAGCUCCCAGUGAAGCAGGAGAAAUGACCAGCCCGUUUUACCCCAGUCUUCUCCCCCCGCUGUGCUCCUGCACCUGGAGGCUUCAGACCCCCAGCACUUCUCUCGGUGUGGCUCUGAAGUUUCAGAACUACAUCCUGUCACCGAAAGACCUGACUCCAUGUGAACACGGAUGGUGGAAGGUCAAUGAGAUCAUAUACUGCGGCCGCUACGUGAGUCAUGCAACCGUCUUCCGUAUUCCUGAGAGAAGUGCAGAGGUGGUGUUUCGCUGCAGCUCCCGCAGCUCCGAGCUGCCUUUCAGUGCCACCUACAGCAGCUUCAACAUCAGCCAACCGUGUCCUGAGGGUCACUUCCUGUGCGCCACGGGGUUGUGUGUGGAAAAGGAACGACGCUGUGAUGGCCUGGAUGACUGUCAGGAUGAGAGCGAUGAGGUCUUCUGUGCAAAACCCUUUAAAAACUGCGGCAGCCAGACUUCUCUUCAUCCUCUUUAUGUAUGCGAUGGAGAGAAUGAUUGUCCCAAUGGACGAGAUGAAAGCAACUGUACUCAAGAGACGGGCUGCUCUGGGAUGUGGUAUCAGUGCAGCAAUGGAGCAUGUAUCCUAAAGAAAAAUGCAAAGUGUGAUGGAUUUCAUGACUGUCUCGACCACAGCGAUGAGAAGGACUGUGCCUGUGGUCAGUCCAUGCCUGUGAAACGUGUGAUGGACAGCACAGCUCCUCAGGAGCGAGUGGUGGGUGGGGUCAACGCUGUAGAAGGGGAGUGGCCAUGGCAGGUCAGUUUGCAUUUCUCUGGCCAUCUGUACUGUGGCGCCUCCGUUAUCACCAGCGAGUGGCUCAUCUCUGCUGCACACUGCUUCAGCAAAGAGAGACUGUCAGACUCUCGCCAGUGGAUGGCUCACCUGGGCAUGUUGACUCAGGGCAGUGCUAAGCACGUGGCAGAAAUCCGCCGCAUUGUGGUGCAUGAGUACUACAAUGCUCGUAACUUUGACUACGACAUCGCCCUGCUGCAGCUCAGAAAGGCGUGGCCCAGCAGCCUGGCCCCCUUUAUCCAGCCUGUGUGCCUGCCCGCCCCAUCACAGACCCUCACCGAGAGACACCGCUGCUGGGUGACGGGCUGGGGCUACCGCUCCGAACAGGAUAAGGUCCUACCCACGGUGCUGCAGAAGGCUGAGGUAAACGUCCUGAGUCAGAGUGAGUGUAAGAGGGCAUACGGUCCUGUCUCUCCCCGCAUGCUGUGUGCUGGAGUACCCAGUGGAGAGCGAGAUGCCUGCCGCGGGGACUCAGGUGGUCCUCUGUCGUGCCAGGCUUCGGAAGGUGGACGCUGGUUUCUGACAGGAAUCGUAAGCUGGGGGUCGGGCUGCGCCAGACCUAAUUUUCCCGGAGUGUACACCAGGGUGGCCAAGUUCAUCUACUGGAUCAACAGCCACAUUUACAACUCAUGAUUAACCUACAACACUCAGAGCCAAGCAUCAUAACCUCCAUUCAGUGAUAUAAAGUUUGAACCUCAGUAUCCAUGAACAGACCUCAGAAUAAUCACAGCCAUCAUUAGAUGAUUAGAGCAGAUUGUGUGCAGAUGUGUGAUUGUCUAGUGUGAUUCAAAGUCUGUAACACUUACACAGACAUAGGAAAUACAUGUGUAUUCUAAAAAUAAAUUAUAUUUGAAAAUUUGGGGUGAUGUCUUUUAGUUGGAGGGUCAGUAUACUCUUCUUCUGUAGGCUGCUUGAUUAUUCCAGAAAUUAUAAUAAAAAUCCAUUUUUGAGACACAAACUACAUCACUUCUGAGCACAUGAUGCUUAAGUUCAUGCAAAGCUUGUUCUGAAGACC